AUGCUCCGGUGGCGGGGCCGGGCGCGGGGCGUCGCGGUGGCGGUGGCGCACGGGCUGUGCUCCGGCUCGCUGAACAUCCUGCUGAAGUUCCUGCUGGCCCGCUACCACUUCGCCUUCCUAACGCUGCUGCAGUGCCUCAGCAGCGCGGCGGCGGCGCUGGGGCUGGAGGCGCUGCGGCGGCGGGGGCUGGCGGCGCUGCCGCCCUUCGGGCCCCGCCUGGCGCGCCCCUUCGCCGCCGUGGCCGCCCUGGCCACUCUGCAGUCCACCCUCACCCUCUGGUCGCUGCGCGGCCUCAGCCUCCCCAUGUAUGUCGUCUUCAAGCGCUGCCUGCCCCUCGUCACCCUGGUCACCGGCGCCCUGGUGCUCCGCGACGGCAUGCCUUCGCCCGGCGUCCUCGUCGCCGUCCUCAUCACCACCUGCGGCGCCGCGCUGGCCGGAGCUGGUGACCUGACCGGGGAUGCUAUGGGCUAUGUAACAGGUGUGCUGGCCGUGCUGAUACACGCUGCCUACCUGGUGCUCAUUCAGAAAACCAGUGUAGAUAGUGAAUAUGGACCCCUGACAGCUCAGUAUGCCAUCGCUGUUUCGGCCACCCCUUUCCUCAUCAUCUGCUCCUUUGCCAGCAUGGAUUCCAUCAAUGUCUGGUCCUUCCCGGGGUGGAAGGAUCCUGCCAUGGUAUGCAUCUUUAUUGCUUGUGUCCUGAUUAGCUGUGCCAUGAACUUUACCACCCUUCACUGCACUUACAUUAACUCAGCUGUGACCACCAGCUUUGUAGGGGUGGUGAAGAGCAUAGCCACCAUCACGGUAGGCAUGGUGGCAUUCAAUGAUGUGGAGCCCACAAAGUUAUUUAUAGCUGGUGUUGUGGUCAACACCUUGGGGUCUGUCAUUUACUGUGUGGCCAAGUACGUUGAGACCAGGCGGCAGAGCAACUAUGAGGACCUGGAGAAAGAAGCUAGAGAAGAGGAGGUGAAAAGGCAGGCUGGAGACCAAGCUCUUUUUGCCAUGGAGACAAUAUCCCAGGUGAAGGGGGCUGAGGAAGCAGCAGUGGAAGGAUCAUCCACAGGGCAGAGACUGAGUGGAGAGGAAGAGAAGGACGUCACUGAGAAAUCAGCCAAGGCACUUGUGGUUCAGGGAAAAUCCACCGUCACACAAGAAGUGAACAGAAGCUCGCUGAAAGAAGCCUAUCUUGGAGUAUGGAGGUUGGUGAGGGGUGCUAAUUAUAUAAGGAAGGAUUAUUUGUUAGAAAAUGAAGAGCUACCAAACCCUUAAAAAGCAGAUUUGAAAACCUAUUGUUUGAGGACAGACACCUGGUUUUCUGUACAGGGGGAAGGCAGAGCAUACAUUUCCACAUCAAUACUUACAAAUCCAAGUCAUUCAGGAUGAUUUUACCUCAUUGUCAAAAAAACAAAAGGUCAUAGUUUGCUCAUGCUUUGGGCUUGCUUUCAGCUGCUUUCAGUAUGUCACUUUAGACCCACCUCAGCUAAGGUGCUGACACUCUGCUGCAGACACAGAGAGAGCUGGGUAAGGGGAAGUCAUGGGGUGCUUGCCCAGCAGCUGGGAAUAUGAGGGAUAUCGGUGCCAUUGAGAUACUUGGCAGUACCAGUGACACAGCAGUGGCUUAUACCUUAGAUUGUGUCUGGAGCCUGGUGAUUUUAUCGCAUUUGGAGGCUCUGUCAGUGUGCUUCUAUAUCUGUAUCCAUCCAAUUAUAGGUACUCUACAUAACUAAUUCCUACAAUAUAAACUCGUAUUAACUGUACUUUUUUGUGCUCCUCUGUGUCAAUACAAUUGCAACAGAGCUAGAGGUUGUACCGCUUCAGUUAUAUUGGUGUAAAAUCACUCUCUUAUCUGAUGAAUUCAAGCCCUCCAGGCCAAGCCUUGGACCUGGUUUACAUUGGGUGCUUUGUGUCUUCAGUAGAAAUCCUUUAGUCUUGUGGUGGUAUACAUGAAAGCAGAACCAGAUCUGAGCUUCUGAGAAGCUUUGACUGGCAAAAGAAGGAUGUUUAUCUAUGAGCUUUAACGAUACGUAGCAUUUGGAAUAUUAGCUUGACUCAAGUAAGAUUUUGGAAAUGUUGGUAUGUAUUGAUUGGAUUUGGGAGGGCUAUAAAAUUUAGGGAGAAAGUGUGUGCCUUGUGUUAACCUCCUUGUACCCUAAAGUUGGAUGAAUCAGAGCCUGGACUGGAAGGCAGGUAUCUUCUCCAUUCAUUCUCUCAUAAGCAGAGGCUGAGAGCAGAGCUGGGGACACCAGCUCUGAAGUUCCCAGGGGUGCUUUUGCAGGACAGUUGUGCUACAUCCUGGCCAUGUGCUGGUACGUGGCUUUGUGCAUAUCCGCCCUCACUGUCCCUGUGCUGUGCUGUCCAGUGGAACAAAGUGCGGGCAGGAAGCAGGAGCUGCCCGGUGCUCCGGCAGAUCCCAUGGCUGAGUGCUUGGGGAGCGGGAUGCUCUGUGUGUUCAGCACGGGGACAUCCAUGGCUUUGGCAGAAGCAGCUCCCCAGUGCCCAGACUGUCCCUGUCCCCAUAGGCUGCGAGGGGGAGAGCUGCCUUUCCCCUUGGAAACUCAAGCACUCGUGUGGGAAGUGGGAAGCAGGCACUCCAGCGAGGCCUCUGCUGAAUAUGCUAGUAUUUUGUCCCACAUCUGUUUAAAUGAAAAGACUGUGGAAACAGGCUGUUUUUUUGCCUGAAGAUAUCCAUUUGGUAGGUGGGAGUACUUGGGUGGAACCUUUGCUCUGAUUAGACAGAGAAAAGAUUUGACAGGAUGUAUUUCUCACCCCGAAAGGGUGCUGCAGCCAUUGAGGCCACCUUGACAACAGACUGAAACAAGCUAUUACCAUUUUCUGAAAAAAUGAACCAAGUUUGUUGUUGUUGUUUUUAAUAUUGUUAUUGUUGUUAUUAAUAAUUAUUUAUUAUUAUCUAUUAAGCCACUGAACUGAAAAUCAAUUAUUCCCUAAUUAACCAGUGCCUGGCCCAGUGCUCUCUCCAGCUGAGCAGGCAGCAUUAGCCUCACAGCGGGUUCAGUCUGAAGUGAGCAAUUUGCCCAGCAGGGAAUAUUUGCAAAACUGCUCUCUGGGGGAGCUUUAGGUUCUUGUCAAUAAAUGCAGGCAGAAACAUCAGGUGCUGUGGCAGUGUGUUUUCAGAAUGAUUGCAGAAGUUGGCUGACCUGGCAUCACCCAUGAAUUUUAAAAGAGAUGGCUAAAAGGACAUUUAUGCUAAAAGCCUGUGGCUGCUGAGCUGGGGGACAGGGCACGGAGCCCUGUACAUCACAUGUUAUGUAUAGCUUGUGUUUAAGAGGUACUGGCUGUACGCCAAAAUACGUUUACCUUCUGUUCGAGCUCCAUAUGGGAUCUUUUCAAUAAAAGUACUAUUUAUUGUUUCUAGGCUAAUAUAAUAGGGCUUUUGUUAGUUUUUCAAAUGCAUCCUAGACUAAAGAAGUUUGUACCUAUGACUUAUAGUUGUUGUAUUACUGAACUCACUGCGAUAUUGAAGUGCAUUGUAAUCAUACAGAUGGCUGGAGAGAAACCCACAAUUCUGAACUGUCCUCACUGUGUUCAGUGUUUUCUGUCCACAAAAAUGUGGAUCUUCUUACAACCUGGAUGCCAGUCUUAGAUCCUGUAGUGCACACACUGUGUUUGACACGUGCUGUAGGAAGCUCUCCCACUGGACUCUUGUUUCAGGACUUUUUCCUGGGGGAAGGUUAAAUGUUUUGCCACUUACUGUCAUUAAAUUGUAAAAAUCUGUGGAAAUUCAAACAGUUUUGACUAUUAAAAAAGCUGCUGUUACAAUGUUGUACAUUUGCAUGUAUAGUCGAAAUGUGAUUAUAUUGUAUUCUGUUUUUACUUGUAAAUUCCCUAAAUUAAAAUGGGAAUUUGGCAAAUGCAAUCCAGUUUUUCAGUAACAGACACUGUUGCACAAUGAAAUAAAAAUAUUGCCUCGUGCUGAGGUAUUUUAAUAGCAUCAGUGGAAGAUGGUAGAAUGAGAUGUGGGAAUAAAAUGCACUGCUUUCCAAAAGCCUUCUGCUUUUCUUAUUGUUACUACUUCAGGGUGUUCAUUUUUGCUUCAUUUAUAGUUUUUCUUGUGCCUUUAUAUCAUCCAAGUUUCCUCAACAUGUGACCACACACUAUAAAUACUGUCACAGAGAGACUAAGGACAGACAAAGGAACACAGGAUUCUGAAGCGCUGGGACCUCAGUACAGCUCAAAAUUUCUGUGGUUCUCAGUGGUGAUUUUUUUGGUUACAUAUUUAAGAUGAUUUAAUGUCACUGGUGUAGCUGUUAUAACUCUAGAAUUCAUAAAAUAAGAUUAUGCUCAUUAUUAGUAGUUCCAUUAUA